AUGUAUGCCAAGCGCGAGUUCGCUAUAUCUAUGGCUUUCAAAUCCACCUGUCAUGGCUCAGCGUUUUCUGAAACAAGCGUAUAUCACCCAAGCGGCCCGACGAUCGUUAUGCUUAAGUGCGAAUGCGGCGAGCUUUUCAAGGCUCGAGCUGAUCCCAGGCAACAUGGACGGGCAAAACACCACUACAAGUGCCAACACUGCAACCGCAGCUUUAUCUCUUCUAAGAGUUUAAAGCAACACUCUCGGGAUCUUCACAAUCAUCAAUGUGGAUCAUGCAAAGGGAUGUUCAGCAGCCUCAAGUCACUAAAAAGGCAUCAAAAAAUGACUGGACAUUGCUAUUGUCGCUCGUGCAAUCUUUACUUCACGUCUAUUGAUUUAUUUCGACAACAUGCAACCUCUCCUGAUCAUGUGGGGCAAUUUCACUGUUGUGACUGUGAUCGAGACUUUGUGGAUGAAUCUGCUCUAAAACAACAUCUUCAAAACAAGAUUCAUAAGCCUCCUCCGAAGCAUCCGAAAGGAUUUGCAUGUGACAAAUGCGAGCGGGUGUUUUCAAAAAUGGCCUCUUUGGAGCAACAUAAAAAAUCAUUAGCCCACCAUCCCCUCAGUGACUUGGAAUGCAUAGACCCAAAGUGUCGGAAACACUUCAGAUGUCCCUCGUCUCUCUUGCAUCAUCUUGAGAGCGGUACCUGCAUCUCCGGGAUGGACAGAGACCAACUCAAUGCAAUUGUCGUCGCACAUGAUACCAAGCAGAUAAUCCAUACCCAGGAUCACCCGCUUGAGAUCACUGCCUCGGAAGAUAAUGGCAGCAUAUUUUCGGACACGAGCACCAACUCUGAAAUCAUUUAUACUCCCGGGACAUCCGUUUCUUCCCUAACUUUGACGAAUAUUAGAAUACCGCCAGCCAAUGUGCUCAGUCUGAACGAGGGGAACCGUUGUGACGUGUGCUCAAGAACAUUCAAAACGCUACGGGCUCUCAAGGACCACCAGCAAUCACCUGUCCAUACAAGCACUCAAUUCCACUGUCCCAUAGGACUGCUGCGUGGAAAAUUUGAGUCCAAGCCAGUUCAGUCUUUUAGUACGCUAAGUGGGCUCGCGCAACAUCUCGAAGCUGGAGCUUGUGCCGGAGAGAUUGCCAUACUCCGCGAAGCAGCUAAUUACAUCGAGGGCUGUCUUGAAGAUAUGGGCAUUCGCAAAAGUAUUCUGCUGAAGAUUGAAUCGUAG